AUAAUGCUGAAGAUGGGUUGAGAAAUGGAAAGUACCUUAUGGAAAUCCCCCACUGGCUUUUAUGUACUGCCAUCAAUCGGGCUGUCGCAACAAACUAGAUUAAAGGCUUCGGUGUGUUUUGGACGUCUCUCGUGCAAGCACAGAAAUAUAUUGGAUGUCAGAGAGCGCUAUGGAUGAUUACGAUUAAAGCGGACUGAGUGAAGCUGCAGGAGAGCGAGAGUGUCUUAUGGGCUUGGUUGCUGGAUACAGACAUAUUGAACAGAGAUACACUGGUUCCCAGCUCCACAUCGCAAUGUCUCAGGGCCAGAACUUCCUGCCCAAGUUCCUGUUUGUGAGCAACCUGCUGAAGGCGGUGAAGAUCCGAGAGCGAGUGCCCAAUGACGUGGUCAAGCCCUCGGGCAGCGGCAGCCUGACCCAUCACCUGCGUAGCAUGCAUCGCUACACACUGGAGAUGAUCCGCAUGAGCCAGUUCCCGCAGGCCUUUCGGGAGGUCAUCCAGGCGGCCAUCUUGGACCGGGCCAUGCAGAGCUCACUGGAACAGGAGAAGAGGUUGAACUGGUGCCGAGAGGUCAAGAAGCUGGUGCCACUGAGGACCAACGGUGAUGGGAACUGCCUACUCCACGCAGCCUCUCAGUACCUGCUGGGGGUACAGGACACAGAUCUGGUGCUGCGGAAGGCACUUUAUGCCGUGCUGAAGGAAACAGACACUAGUAAUUUCAGAAUGCGUUUCCAAACAGAGCUGCUACACUCGCAAGAGUUCACACAGACCGGCCUGCGGUACAGCACUUCGAACUGGGAGGAGGAAUGGGUGAAGAUUGUAGAAAUGGCUUCUCCCGUGUCCAGCAGUAAUGGCCUGCAGUUUGACUCUUUGGAGGACAUUCACAUCUUUGUGCUCUCAAACAUUCUGCGGAGGCCGAUUAUUGUAAUCGCAGACCAAGUAGUCAGGAGUAUGAAGUCUGGUUCCUCCUUCUCACCCCUCAAUGUGGGGGGCAUCUACCUGCCUCUGCACUGGCCUCCAGAAGAGUGCUACAAAUAUCCCAUAGUGCUCGGCUACGACUCACAACACUUUGCACCCUUGAUCACCAUCAAGGACAGUGGCCCAGAGAUCCGUGCGGUGCCAUUGAUAAACCCUGGACGAGGAGGGUUUGAAGAGCUUCGAGUGCACUUCCUGACAGAAAAGGAGCAGCAACAGAAGGACAAGUUGCUUAAUGACUACCUAGUGCUUAUAGAGAUCCCUGUCAUUGGCCUGGGCUACGAUCCUACACAGAUCAUCACUGCAGCCAGACUGGAUAAAGGCAACCUUCCUGAGGAUAUGAACCUGAUGGAGGACUACCUACAGCUGGUCAACCAUGAGUACAAGCGCUGGCAAGAAGACAAGGAGUCUUUAUGGGCACCCCAAUCUCAGCGUCCCCCUCCCUUCUCCGUCUCCCAACUGUCUCUCAUCGAGAUCCGCUGCGCCACGCCUCGCUGCACCUUCUAUGUCUCGGUGGACACUCAGCCGCACUGUCAUGAGUGCUUCGAAAAGCGACAGGCGGGCAGGAAACCGGAUGCUGUUUCCACCACGAAUCAGACCUCAACCACAGACCCAGAGAGUCGGGGUAGACUGGAGCUCUCCGUGCUGCCCAGCCCACGUUCUGCACCCCCUACGGCACCCAGCCUAAGCCUGUACAGCGAGACUCACGCCAUGAAGUGCAAGACGCCCGGCUGCUUGUUCACGCUUAGUGUAGAGCAUGAUGGGCUGUGUGAACGUUGCUUUACAGCGAGGCAAAACAGAUCGGCCGAUAACGGUGCGGUGCAAGGCCCUACCCACGGCUGGUGUCACAAUCAGUGGGCAUCAGGCGGCCGGGAACGGGAGAAGGAACGGGAGCGUGAGAGGGAAAGAGAUCGGGAAAGGGACACGGAGAGGUGUGUCAUGUGUCGACAGGAGGUCUUUAGGAUAUUUAAUGGCCUUUGCCCACCCUGCAUGCAGAGGACUGCUGUUUCUGAGAGGGGAGACGUCCAGCAGCAGGAGCCUCGAACAGAGGGCUCCGUGUGGGCACUUCAUAGGGAAACGGAACGCAGUGGCACCACUGGUCAGACCUGGCAGCUGCCCGCCGCCCGACAGUGUAAACGCUCCGGCUGCCAGUUCUUCGGCACACCAGAGAAGCUGGGAUUCUGCACUAUAUGUUAUCUAGACUACCAGACCAAUCACCAGGCUACCCCUGCUAUUGUCCAACCCAGACACACAUCCGAGGCGGGUUUUCAGAACUGUCCGCGGUGCCGGGGCCAGGGCUGUGGUGCCGAGGGGAAGGCCAUGCUAGAGGGUUACUGCAACAAGUGCUUUGUGAAGGAGCAGAGUGCCAGACUAAACCAUGCUGCUAGCAGGGGCUCUCAUUCACCACCUCUCGUCACACGGGCCUCGAAACCACGUCCACCUCCAGUGCUCGGCCAGGCGCAGUGUCGGCGUAGCGGGUGCAAGAACCUAUCUCCCGGCUGCACGGACCUCUGCCCAGACUGCCUUAGCCGUGGCCAGCGAGAGGGUCGACGCGCACAGGCGCCCAAAGAGAAAAGCAAACAGCGCUGCAAGACGCAGGGCUGCGACCACUACGCCAAUCAAGAGAAGCAAGGCUACUGCAACGAAUGUGACCACUUCAAGCAGAUUUACAGAGGCUGACAGAACAGUUGAACAGUUGAAGUUAACUCUUAAACAAGGAACUAUUUUGCCCAGAAUUCCCCACCGAUCAUGGGCAGGGCCUAAAGAGCCCGGUGGUGCUGUAGAAUUGAUGAUUACCUCUCAAAUGAAGUCAUUUGUGUAAUGUGUAUAGGACACAAGCAGGAUGCUAGCAUAAAUGGUGGCUAGUCGCAUACCCGUGGCAUCUGCAGUUUAUAUCGAACAGGGUAACAAAUUGCAAAUAUUUGAGGAAAGUAUGUAAGAAUUAAUGAUUUCAGAUCAACCAACGAAAUCGACCAAAGUUAAUUUAGCGAAAGACACGUCCAAGCCAGCAGACUGUACGUCGCCACUGUGGACCGCAGAAAGCCAACAGGCCUUUAUGGAAGUACAGGAAUAAGAUGUUACAGGGUAAUGCAGAGACCUCUGAAGGACAGCGUUUGAUCAUUUCUUCAUAAAAUGUAGAUUAAGUGCCAAUGAGAGCUCGCUAAGUAGAGCUCGAAUUUCAUUCCCUGCUGCGCCAUUUGAUGAGUGCAAGCAGUACGGAUCUUUUGCCUUUGAGAAUGUUUUUCUUUACCAUUUGAUCACUUCUUGCUCUUGAAAGUAUUUUUCACUUUUGCUUGCCUUGCUAAACUUCAUAUGACUUUAUGGUCUGUUCUAUUGAACGGAUACGUUCAUAUGUUCUUGUGGCUGAAAAAAUUCCUUAAGUGCAAUGAAAAAGCCAGAUACUUGACACAAACCCAGUUCUCUAGAGCAGAUUACGUGGAAUUAAGCUGAAGGGAAUUGCCGUGCCGAAAACGUUAAUAAGAAGUAACUAUGAGAUGCCUAAAAUCCCUGUCCAAAUAAACAAUGGACGAAAAACAACUCCCGCUCUGUGUUUGCCGCUCAUGCCCAGCCACAUUCUUUUGGUUGCACUACUCUCCUUUAAACACACAAUGCCUAAGUCUAUUCUUUGCAUACGUUUAGUAUGCGCAAACUGACAUUCUCUAUUUGAAUAUUGUCACGAUAUCUGCACAUACGAAAAGGUUAUCGUUAGUUCCUGUGGCAUAAUUUAUACUGAAAAAAAAAAAACUACCUGUGUUAAACAUUCCCAUCUUUGAAGUCCAACAUUGUGCAAGCACACUGAGACUUAGACUCACCCAUACAGAAUGUGCUUUAGAUAAAUGCUACACGCAAGACGAAUUUGCAGUCGAAUCGUGAAUUUCAACUACUGGAUCCGAAGUCAGUUCGGAUCAUCUCAAACUUGCACAAUACCUAAUAAGCUGCUCUGGAAUUAUCUGGAAUGGUACUUCUGACUUACAGUACAUUGUGACAUUCCAGUUAGAGACCUAGAGGAAUAUAGAUGACAAGAUAGAAAUUUUGUGCAACCAUUCAUAUAGAAUAUCGUAUGAAAAGCCUUGAUUUUUUGGUUUGUUUGGUAUUUAUUCACAGCAAAAAUGAUCCGUAAUGUGUUUCAAGAAUUAUUUAUAUGUGUUCCUGGAAUAAAUUAUUUUUAAUAGGAAAACAUAAA